GCUGUCCUCCAGACCUUCAAUGCGCCCUCGUUGACGCAGAGUGCCUGUCGCAUGACUUCGGCGGUUGCGACUUCACCGCCUGGUUCACGGUCGUCGUCCCUCUACAACGAACUCGAAGAGCAUCAGGAAAUAGACAGUGCCCCGCACUUGUCCUCCGUGAAUUCUAUAGACAAUGAAACUUCCCAAACGCGCGUGAAGAACAAGUGGACACCGUUAUUCCGGCGCAGGACGAAACCUAGUGAACCGCGCGUUCACUUCCCGUUCCCCGUCACGGAGACUGACGAAGACGUCAAGGUCGAGCGCGAGAAGUGGAAGAGUGGAAAGCAGCUGUUCCUCGAAUCAUGUCGUGCGGACAGAGAGCGCCGGCCAAUACAAGAUCGACUUGUAUCAGACAGCCUCAUCGUUAACAGUGUCCUUCAUGAGCGUGACAUGAUUCCUCGGAGAGAGCAGCGCUUACGACUGUUGGCCAAGGUCAAAGGUGCACACCCUUCGAUUCGCGUCGGUGUUGACGAAUUGGAAACCUUCUGGCGGGAGCAAAAACCUCGAUGGGAAGCGUUCGCUCUAAGGAUGCAAAGUUUACCCGUUGCAAACUAUCUGCAAAAGUCAACGGAAGCGACAGUAACGGAGCAUGAAUGGGUCACAGACAUGUGGCAAUGGAUCGACGUAAGUCUCGACGAUCUGGAACAGACAUGGGCAAACCAAGAAGAGUAUCGAGAUAGCCCUCCUCUCAUACCCACAUCUUUACCACAGAUAGUAGCUUCGUCCGUGGGCGAAACACUGCGAGGUGCUGACGCGACGUCGAAUACCGCGGCCCGGGAAUGGAUUACACGGGGACAGAACAUGCCUCGGAAUCCGCUGUUGCGAAGCGCGACGGUUGGCCGACCUUGGUCAGAGGCGUUUGGUAUGAGCACCGCAGCCUCGUACACGACCAACUUCACUACAUUGGGUGCCGUAGCAUUUUUUGGGGCUUCUAUUUCAUGGAGCGCGGUGUUCUCGGGCCAAAGGGGCGACCUCGUCCUGAUCGCAUGGUCAGCCGCCGUAUUCGUCGCCGCAUCUGUUGCAGCGGGUGGGAUGGGCAUCAUCGUGGGUUCCGAAGGGAUUAACAUCGAUCGAGAUAUGGGUGCCCGUCGUUUCGUGCGCGGCUUCGCGGUCUGCUCGGCGCUCAUGCUCUUGACGGGCAUCGUCCUGCUGAGCCUUGCUAUGGCCGGCAUCCAACCUACAUACGCCCUGCCGAAUGAUGAUGGGCAGCCCAGCGCCGCUCGAAGACGAGUCAUGAGCGCGGCUGGAUGGUUCACUAUAGGCGCGGUCGGCGUGGAGACUUUGCUUGCAGUAUGUGUGCGCGUUAUGUAUAGUACCACUUCCUACCACUGGUAGUGAAUCUUACUCGUGGAAUUGCUCAUUGUACUACUGCUUCUGAUUCAAAUCUUGC